AUGUUUUAAUAACGUCAUCAAAAAUGGAGAAGUAACAGCUUAGCAAUUGAUUAGCAAUUACAAACCAAUAUGAAUAAUAGAUAUCUGAUCCUCUUAAAAAAUUUGAUCCAUUUUGAGAGAUUAACGUAUAUUUUACGAAAUAUCCAGGGUCACCUGUUUGAUCUAUAUUUUCUUAAAUCAAAUAUUAAGAAUCUAUGUAUAAUAUUAUAAGAUACAAGGUGUUUCAUCAUCAUAAUCAUAGCAAUNUUAGAAAUUAAUCGCGAUGCUUCAGCCUCAGAAGUUGCCAAGGCUUAUAAUAAGCUUUCAUUAAAAUGGCAUCCCAAGUUGAGUAAAUUGGAUCAUAAUACUACUUAUCAUCAUUUUUGUUUAAUUUCUGAAGCCUACGAAGUAUUGUCUGAUCGUAAUAAUACAUAAUCAAAUUAGCAAUCAAAAGGACAUUCUAUGAUAAGUAUGGUGAAGAGAAGUUGAAGGAAGGUUUCUUUGCUAAUGGAAGUAAUGAAUCUUUCGAUUAACAUAGACCUCAAGGGCGGUUACAGUUUUGCAGGUAAUCCUGAAGUAAUAUUUGAAAAGUUUUUCGGGACAUCGAAUCCUUUUGCAUAAUUGAUAGGUAAUUAUGAAUACUAAUUCAUUUAGAUACCAAUGGAUCAGAAAAUCAUGGCACUCUCUUUAGUCAUGCAUUUGGAGGACAGAAUUUCCCAGGAAUCCCAGGACCCCAAGAUCUUGAAAUCUAAGUAGAAUGCACUCUACAUGAAUUGUACAAUGGAUGUGCAAAGACUGUUUCAUAUCAAAGACAAGUGCUAAAUAAAGAUGGCAUCACAACUCGUCAAAUUAUGGAAACUAAGUAUUCAUUUCAAAUUGAUAUCUCACUUAGAGAAAUUAAAAUAGAUCGUGGAAUCGAAACUGCCUAAAAGAUAGUCUACAAAGAGUUAGGCAAUGAAGCUGCAGGAUUUAAAUCUUCAGAUCUGAUCUUCCAAAUCAAAGAAACUCCACAUCCUACCUUUAAGAGAAAAGGAAAUGACCUAUUGUAUAUUGCAAAAGUUAAUUUGGCCAAUGCAAUAGCCGCAGAUCCCAUCUAGAUAAUAACCUUGGACAAUAGAAAAUUAUAAGUGCCAGUUGAUUAAAUCAUUAGGUAUUGAAAAUAUGUAUUAUCAUAGUCCGAAAUAUGUGAAGAUGAUUGAAAAUGAAGGAAUGCCAAUCUUCUAAUAGGAUGAAGUGAAAGUAUCAAAAUUUGCCAUUAUUUUUAUAGGAUUUUGGUAAACCAUACGCAUUUGGAAAUUUGUACAUUAGAUUUGACAUCCAAUUCCCAGAAGAUCUAACUGAAAGUUAAAAAAAUAGAAUCAAAGACAUUUUGUUAGAAGGUUAAUAAUGA